CGGCCCCGCCCCCCGAGCCGAGGCUUGUUGGCCCCCGCGUCCCCACCUCUUCGCCCGUCUCCUCAUCAACAUGCCCCUCUACGAGGGCCUGGGAAGCGGAGGGGAGAAAACGGCGGUGGUGAUAGACCUGGGGGAAGCCUUUACCAAGUGUGGAUUUGCUGGAGAAACUGGUCCAAGAUGCAUAAUUCCUAGUGUGAUUAAAAAAACUGGCAUAACUAAGCCUAUCAAAGUUGUUCAAUAUAAUAUCAAUACAGAAGAAUUAUAUUCCUACUUAAAGGAAUUCAUCCACAUACUAUAUUUCAGGCACUUGUUGGUGAAUCCCAGAGAUCGCCGAGUUGUGGUCAUUGAGUCGGUAUUAUGUCCUUCCCACUUCAGAGAGACACUUACUCGUGUCCUGUUCAAAUAUUUUGAGGUUCCAUCUGUCCUGCUCGCUCCAAGUCAUCUAAUGGCUCUUCUGACACUUGGAAUAAACUCUGCCAUGGUCCUGGAUUGUGGAUAUAGGGAAAGCCUGGUGUUACCUAUAUAUGAAGGAAUCCCUGUAUUAAAUUGUUGGGGUGCACUCCCCCUAGGAGGAAGAGCUCUUCACAAGGAGUUGGAAACUCAACUAUUGGAACAGUGUACUGUUGACACAGGUGCUGCUAAAGAACAGAGCCUUCCCUCUGUGAUGGGUUCGAUUCCAGAAGGUGUCUUAGAAGACAUUAAAGUGCGCACUUGCUUUGUAAGUGAUCUGAAACGUGGACUGAACAUCCAAGCAGCAAAAUUUAAUAUUGAUGGCAAUACUGAGCGUCCUUUACCACCCCCAGAUGUUGACUACCCAUUAGAUGGAGAGAAAAUUUUACAUGUCCUUGGAUCAAUCAGAGAUUCAGUUGUGGAAAUUCUCUUUGAACAAGAUAAUGAAGAGAAGUCAGUUGCUACUUUGAUAUUGGAUUCUCUUAUGCAGUGCCCAAUAGACACCAGGAAGCAACUGUCAGAAAAUUUGGUAGUCAUCGGUGGCACAUCAAUGUUGCCAGGAUUUCUACACAGAUUACUUGCAGAAAUAAGGUAUUUGGUAGAAAAACCAAAAUAUAAAACAACACUUGGCACCAAGACAUUCCGCAUUCAUACUCCACCUGCAAAAGCUAAUUGUGUGGCCUGGUUGGGAGGGGCUAUUUUUGGAGCAUUGCAAGACAUACUUGGGAGCCGUUCAAUCUCAAAGGAAUAUUAUAACCAGACGGGCCGCAUACCUGAUUGGUGUUCUCUUAACAACCCACCUUUGGAAAUGAUGUUUGAUGUUGGAAAGGCUCAACCACCUCUGAUGAAGAGAGCUUUUUCCACUGAGAAAUAAAAGUUUGAUUUAAAUUAAACUUUGUGGGAGGGGAAAUAAAUAAAAAUUAAAAUUAAACUUUGCUUUUUGUCAAAUAUCUAAUCAAUUAGCAAAUUAUAUAAAGUACAUCAGAUACUGUUAGAGAUGACAUUAGUGGAAGUGAAAGCAUUUCUGUAAUUACUCUAUAUUAACAUGUAAUUCUUUUGACUUUCAUUUUUCUUGUUUAGUAGUAAAAUGGUAGCUGAUACUUACAAAAUACACUAGUUUUAUUAAUAAAACACAGUAAAGCAGUUUAAAAUAUAGUUCAUUUUUCAGAAAGAAUAGUAACAGUGUUCCUCCACAGUUCACAUAAUCUUUCCUGGGCAUCAUACAGUUCGUUCAUUUCAUUAUUUUCAGUAGUUAUUUCAUUUAAAGCGUAAGUAACGUUACCAUUACCAGUUAUUUCUAUUGUUACCAUGGAUCUAUUUUUCAUCUUGGUAUUUUUCUGUCUAUGUUAUAAGAAUACUGCUUUUCCAUAAAUAUAUUUAACUCUUUGGACUGAGAAUGUUUGUUAAGCUUUUGUUAAGCUAACUGUAGAAAUAGCCACUCUGACUUUAGUUUCUUUUAUGUAAAAAGGAAUUUCUUUUUUUGCACUUUUAUGCAACUGCUUUAUAAACAUGAUUCAUAAUGUCUUUAAUCUUUUGUGCAUUUAUCCUCAGGACAAUGAUGAAAUAUUCAGUGUUUAGUUUUUGUAUUUGUUUUUAAUGAACUGCAUCUUACUGAGAUUUUGCUGAUUUCAUCCUUUCUAGAUACCUGUAAAGAUUAAAUGCAUACAUAUUUGUGCUCAUAUUCUCCAAGACUAUGUAGCAACUAAUACAUUUUAAGAAUAAAUACCCCCAAGUCUGUUCUUACUCCUAAUCAUUUUGAUUGUCCUUUUCUAGAUCCUCUCCUGUUUUGCUACAUGCUUUAUGUGUAUGAUAGUACUAUCUAACUCUUGAAAGAGCUGAUUCCUGGCAUUUAGAAUGGGAUAGGAUUCAUAUUUAUAUUUGUGUAUGUGUUUUAUUUUUUGAAAUACUCCUACCUUUACUUUGUUAUUAUAUACUACUACUUUAGUAGCCCAAGACAAAAUUUAUUCAAUACUUACUGAGUGUCUGCUAUGUACCUGGUAUAGUUUUAGACAUUGAAUGCUACAAGUAAGAUACUUCCUUUACUUUGGGAGUUUUACAGACUAGUAAAAAUGGCUGUGUAUACAACUAAGGAAAUAAAACAGAAUCUGGGUUUUCACUGUUGUUGUUAAUUCUGACCAAGUUGUUAAAGGAAAACAUCUCAGAGAAGGAUUUUGACCUUGUUCCUGAAGGAUGAGAAGAAUUUUAAUAAUUGCAGGUUUAUUCCAGGCUAUGUAAACUGAAUUCUCUACACAAUAGCUUAAAGCAUUUGAGAUUGAGAUAAAGGCAUUGUUAAUUAAGGAUUCAAUCAUGAACAACUUGAAAACCAUAUUAAACUGGUGAAUAAAACUAAGAAAGU